UCAAAUUCUCAUUAUUCAGCAUCUUCCACCAUCCAGUCAUUCUUCACACACACAAAAUAGAAGGCAUCCCCAACCCCAUAACCACUAGGUCACAUUCACCACCACCACCACCACCACCACCAUGGCGCCCCCAGCACCACCCAUCCUCAACGGCCACUCUGAAACCGUCAUCGCCCAAACCUGCCAAACCUACAACCUAACCCCCUCCGAAUUCGCCCAGCUGCGCGACCGCGCCGUAGCCGCCAAGGCCACCUCGUACAGUCCCUACAGCAAGUUCCGGGUCGGCGCCGUUUUGCUGUCCACCGGCAAGGUUAACAACGCCGCCGUCACGGGAGAGAGGUCAUCAUCAUCAUCAGAGGGAACAUACACGCCGGGAGCCAACGUGGAGAACGCCAGCUACCCCGUGACCACGUGCGCGGAGCGGGUAGCCUUCGGUAGGGCGAUUACCGAGGGACACCGCGGGUUCAAGGCGGUGGCAGUGGCGACGGAUAUUAGCCCGGCUGCUAGUCCUUGUGGCAUGUGUAGGCAGUUUAUCCGCGAGUUUUGCGAAUUGAGCAUGCCUAUUCUCAUGUUUGAUAAAGAUGAGAAUUUCAGUGUUUUGCGGCUUGAAGAUCUUCUCCCAUUGUCGUUUGGCCCUGAUCAGAUGGGUAUUGAGGGCGCUGCUUAACUGUUUCCACAUGAUGGUCUCAGGGAAAGACACAGAAGAGUCUCACAAUUAUGUACCACUUGAUCAACUUGGGUGUCAGCAACGGAGCGGAGCGGACAGUUCAGGGAGCCAGGGUCAUGUAAACAUAGGGGCAAAGCCCCAUGUAUUCUUUAUCACGCAGUUUCCACUCAUAUUUGUCGACGUUCCAGCUGAGGAGAAUCACGGCAUAGUGAGCCCAAAACCUGAUUAACACAAAUAGUAUCAACCCCAGUGCCUGACGUACAUUACUUCUAUCCGACACGCAGUUUCGCUGUGUGGUCCUUCCAGCCUAGAGUAAGUUACUUGAGUCAGGAACUUGCCCGGUUAAGAAUCACGUCCGUACUAUCUUGAUGAUUUGUCAACCCCAACAAGACAACCGCCAUGCGAUGAAAGAGAGAGAAACAACAUGCAAUGAAUGGACCCAGGAAAAGAUCCCACUAAAAAAGGAAACAUGACUCCAGACAGCACCACCAGACCCCAAUGAUCAGACUCAUUUCGCCCUUUACCCUAAUGCCCUUCAAUAUCCAAACCCA